AUGCUUUCAAAACAGCUCUUUCUGCUGUGUUUCAUAGGGAGCGUCAUCGCAUGCCACUCUCAGACAGGUGCGAUGUUUUAAAAAUAUAUCCGUAUCUUUCUUGAAUGACCAAUUUAGGUCAGCUUUUUAUCUCUAUCACUGGAUAGCUGCAGACUACAUCAGACAUAUCUACAUGUAGAGUGAGACGGCACUUAUUCUUGACUCAUAAAGGCUGAUCUCAAUUUAUUAUACAUACCUUUCAGAAUAAUUGAAGACCUAAAACGUACAGGAGUAAAUUUAUUCAAUCCGCCUGAGAAAUCCAAACUCGGCAUACAUAUUUAAAUACGUAGCCAAGUUAUACAUCAUAUCAGACGACGAAUUUUAAGCAAACAGCGCUGGUCUAUUUUAGCACAGAAAUACAGGCUUAAUACUUACCUUGAACCAAUUCGACUUAUUAGUAUCGACUUUAUCAGCGACUGCAAAUUUAUUUAUAACACUAACAAAAGCUCAUUCGCCAUUGUCAAAAUAACGAAAGAAAUUCCAAUGUAGCUCUAAAAGUCAAAUUAACCUACCACUUAUACAAAGACCAAUUUAAUCACAUAAGCUCAACUGGGUGGAAUUAUAUAUGACAGCGUAUUCUUUGCGUUCCAUAGUAAAAUACAACAAAUCAGACAUUUUUAUUUUCCAGGACGUGAAAAAAUUCACAAACAUGUAGAUAUUGCAGGACCAUUCCUCGCCCGCGGAUUUGAGGCCCUAAACCAAUCACUAUCUCUUCUUGCAAGAUAUGAAGAUGGACUAUUUCAAAAAUUUGUUUUCGGAGAGAUAAAACAUCGAAGGAAUUGUUUUAUGUAUCGCCAAUUCGACCAGGAAUGGCAUGAAUGUAGCGGGGUCACUUUGCCAAUCAUUGUGCACUCCAUAGUUGUAAGUUUAUAUUUUAUCCAAUCAGACUACUCUUCACCGUUUGAAUUACCAUUUUAGUAGUAUUAAACGUUAAUCACCCAAUUUAUUUGGUUGAUGUUCUCUCGUAUGUAGUGGAAGGACGAUAAAUCUGAUUUUUUUGCGGCAGAACCAAUUCAUUAUACUGGUAUCGAAACCACGAUUUCGGGACGAAUAG